AUGAAUUCUAAGUUUUUGGUUAUUGGUGUCGUGGUUGUAACAGCACUCGCUCUUGGACUUGGUAUCAUCAUUGGCCAUUUCGCUAUUACUAAACCAACUCACAACACGUCUUGGAAGCAUGAUCGUCUUACUAAAUCAGCUGAUCAACGAAAUUAUCAAACAUUCAUUGACUCUAUACAAGCAACGAACAUUGAAAUCAAUCUUAAAGAUCUCACUUCACGUCCUCAUCUAGCUGGUCUACCUGAAGAUUUAGAAAGUGCUCAAGUCAUCGAACAACGAUGGAUAACUGAUGGUUUAAAAGUAACGAAACCAAAAUAUAAUGUUCUUCUUUCUUAUCCUGAUGAUAAUAAUCCUAAUCGAGUUACUCUCACCAAUAGUGAUGGCACGCUCAUUUUUCAAACAGCUGGAGUUGAACAUGUCUAUGAUACAACACAACCAAAAACAGUUAAUCCAUUUAUUGCUUAUACACCUAAUGGAACUGUCUCUAGUGUAAGUUAUCAAUGAAUAUCAAUAAUUCAUUUCAUGUUGAAUAAUAUAUAGAGUAAACUGUACUAUGCUAACUAUGGU